UGCGCCAUCCUGCCUCCGCCGCCAUCUUGUGGUGACGGUUUCUCUUGCAUUGUUCCAGGCCGGGGCGGUGAGGGGCAGUGGAGUGCGGCACGGAGCGGAUACACAAAGCGGCAGACAACGGUGUCUCCGGUGUCCCCUUUAUUGUCGCUCACAUCUCCGGCGGGUCACUGGUACCGGUUUGGAUUAAAGCACCAAGGCUUUACUUUCCCGCCGGGUCCCUUAGGACAGAGAGGGACCCGGAGCCUGGAGCCAUGGAGGACGAGAUGCCCAAGACCCUUUAUGUGGGGAACCUGUCUAGGGAUGUCACAGAAGCUCUGAUUCUUCAAGUGUUCAGCCAGAUUGGUCCAUGCAAAAGCUGCAAGAUGAUUAUGGAUACUGCUGGUAAUGACCCCUACUGUUUUGUGGAGUUCUUUGAACACCGCCAUGCUGCUGCAUCCCUAGCUGCCAUGAACGGUCGCAAGAUCAUGGGCAAGGAAGUCAAGGUGAACUGGGCGACCACUCCUAGCAGCCAGAAGAAAGACGCAAACAGUAGUUCCGUUGUCAGCACACUGCGUUCUCAAGAUCAUUUCCAUGUUUUUGUUGGUGAUUUGAGCCCAGAGAUAACAACCGAUGACAUAAAAGCUGCCUUUGGACCUUUUGGGAGAAUAUCAGAUGCGCGGGUAGUAAAGGACAUGACAACAGGAAAAUCUAAAGGCUACGGAUUUGUGUCCUUCUUCAAUAAAUGGGAUGCAGAAAACGCCAUUGCACAGAUGGGAGGGCAGUGGCUUGGUGGUCGACAGAUCAGAACUAACUGGGCCACAAGAAAACCACCAGCUCCGAAGAGCACCUAUGAAUCUAAUACAAAACAAUUGUCAUAUGAAGAAGUAGUGAACCAGUCCAGCCCCAGCAACUGCACUGUGUACUGUGGAGGCGUCACAUCCGGGUUAACAGAACAACUCAUGCGUCAGACCUUCUCUCCUUUUGGUCAAAUAAUGGAAGUCCGCGUCUUUCCAGAUAAAGGGUACUCCUUUGUGCGUUUCAGUGCUCAUGAAAGUGCAGCUCACGCCAUAGUCAGUGUGAAUGGAACUACCAUUGAAGGUCAUGUGGUAAAGUGUUACUGGGGCAAAGAGACUCCGGACAUGCUUAAUACUGUUCAACAGCAAAGCCAAAUUAGCUUUCCUCCUCCCUAUGGACAGUGGGGGCAGUGGUACGGAGGGGCGCAGCAGAUAGGCCAGUAUAUGCCCAAUGGUUGGCAGGUACCUGCUUAUGGAGUCUAUGGCCAGGCGUGGAAUCAGCAGGGAUUUAGUCAAACACCAUCAUCUGCAACAGCAUGGAUGGGACCAAACUACAGCGUGCAACCUACCCCCGGGCAGAAUGGAACCUUGAUCACAAACCAAACAGGCUAUCGUAUGGCUGGAUACCAAACACAAUGAGAGGAAGGACUCCACACGCUCCCCGCCAGUCUGCUGCGGGCCCAUUUGUUUACUUUGAUACCAUGCUAUAAUCAUGUCAGUGCAGAUGUCAGAAAACAGAAUAUUUAUUAAAAAAAAAAAAAAAACAGAAAGUAACUUUUUUUUUUUUAAUCAUGACAUUAUCAUCCACUUGAUUAAAACACAAACUUCCAAAAAAAAAAAAACAACAACAAAAAAUACUAGAAAUGCUGGAUGUUUGCCAAUUUUUGCCUUCCUUUUUUCAUUAUUUUAAUUUUUUUAUAUGUAUAUGUAACUGUUACUUAACCCGGUCUCUCUUGAAGAGAACAGCCAAGCCUUGCUAGCCAGAUCUUUUUGGCAGUGAAAGGGUUAAGAUCCUUUUGAAAUAAUAAAAAAAAAAAAUACAA